AUGUUUGGUUCAAAGAAACAUAGAGUAAAAGAUGGCGGAAGUUUGCGAAGUUUUCGCCAAGAAAAUGGCCAUCAGGCAAAUAUGUUUUCAAGCUUAUCUAUUCGAUCAUUGCCAGAAGUAUCUUGUGCAAGUCUUCCAGAAACAAGCAAAACUGUAAUGGAAUCAAAUUAUUAUGAAGUGAAUCGAAUGAGUGAUGAUCAAAUCAAUGCAGCUUUUGCAGAAUUACUCAAACAAAUGAAUAUCAAAGAUGAAAAAUUCCGUGCCUUAUUAGCAGAUAAUGAUAUGGAAAAAAAGAGGCAAAUGGUUAGUCAAUCUCAGAGACUGAAUAUGGCAACUCAAGAAAAUUCCAAGAGACCUAUCGAUUUAAUUAGACGAAUUGAAAGAGUACUAGCGUCAUGGGAAGAGACGAGAUUAAUGAAGGACGUACUGAAAGAUUUAAAAGUUCAGCUCAGUGUUCAAAAAGUGGAUUGGAUCAAAGAAGUACAGCUUUUUGUUAAAUUGGGAUUUUAUCAUGUAAAGUACGAAAUAUAUUAUAUAAAUGUGCUGCGAUGUGGUCUUCAGUUACUGUUCAACAUAAUGUUUAAUCUCAUUGACGCACUGCAGUUAUCAGAAAAUUUAGAAAGAGAAGAAGAGUAUGUUUUACAACUUCAUGAUAGCGUCAAAUGUUUGAAGUCCGUUGUUAAUACAUGGCCUGGAAUGGAAAUGUGCUUCAGACGUCAGUCAAGUAUGUUUCCAUGUUUAGUUGGAGCACUGUCUGUAGCAUCGGGUAAACCAUCUUCGGAUCACUGGGAUUCAUUAAAGUUUGUAACAGUUAGUCUUCUGAGUGUCGUCACUUUUGUGAAUGAUGACAAAUUUGAACUGAGAGGGCGAGAAACUCUUUUGCAAGCUUUAACUAAGGAAGCUGAAAGAAGAAAUUGCGAUAGGUUUCGUUGUAUUGUCAGUUGCUUAAAUAAGUCAAAUCGUCUUGAUGUGGUUAAGAAAGCGAUGACACUGGUGAAUGUAAUGCUGGAUGUACCAGAGCCUGAUGAUACAACUACGGAAGAAGGUCGAGCUUCAGCAGAGGCGGCUUGGCAAAUCCGAAUGCAUUGGAGAAGUGAAUUUAUGCGUGCUGGCAUGUAUGAUUGUGUUGAGUUUUUGGAAAGUUGCACGCUGGAAGCAGUCAGGAAACAGUAUGAUAAUUUCUGCCGUAUUAAGGAAGCUGAUUUUGCGGAGCUAGUAAAUCGAUUCGAACAAAUAAAAGGAGAUUAUGAAGAACCAGACUGCUGCUACAACAUUUUGCUUGCUGGUGUGAAGAACACUCAGGCUCAGGGACCGUUUUUGAGUAUUCUGCAGCAUCUUUUGCUUGUUACAGACGAUAUUGACGUAAAGACAAAGUAUUUGCGACUAAUUGAAAACUGCAUUUCGGAAAUAGUCCUACCUAAAACAUGUGUAGAUCCUGAUUUCCGAGGAAAAUUCGAAUUCACUCAAGAUGUCACACACUUUUUUGAUGCAUUAGAGGAUUGUGAUGAUGAAAAACAAGUUAAUAAACGUAUUGAAAGAGCCACGCAAGCUAAAAAUGAAGCCUUAGCUAAGUUGAGCCAGUACUACAAAAGAAUGGAAGAGUUUGCAAAGGAAACUGAAAUGCUUCGAAAACACAUAAAUGAUCCUAAUGUAGCAAUUCCUCCACCAACAAGCCUUCUACCCCCACCUGAUACGUACUCUGAGAUGACGGAAAAGAAGUUACCUCCGAUUACAGGUGGCCCACCACCACCACCACCUCCACCGUUACCUCCAUUCCUUUCUGCCCAUAGUAGUAGUCCACCACCACCUCCACCACCGCCUCCACCUCCUCCUCCACCACCACUACCUGGUGUAAAAGGUUCAUCUGGACCACCUCCACCACCACCCCCACCUGGAUUUUUAUCUAAAGUGUCGAGUCCUGAAUUACCAGAAUACUUGAAAAAGAAACCUCGUCGUGAAGUAAAUGUACCAAUGAAAAAAAUUCCGUGGAGUUCAGCAACAAUUAAACCAAAAGAAAUCGAUAAAGAAUCUUUUUGGGCGCACACAAUGGAAGAGAAAUAUGCAAAUGAACGAUUGUUUGAAACACUGAAGAAAAAAUUUUCGUCGAGUCGACAAAGUAAUACUGAUUCUGACACAACUACGAGUGGAAAGAGCUUGCCGAAAAAAAAGAUCCGGAAACCACUAGUUAUUCAAGAUGAGAAGAUCCUGCAGGCUCUCGCCAUUCUGCAAGGCUCACAGAAGUUGCAACUCAUGGAAUGGAAACGAGUUCUUUUGGAAAUAGAUGAUAAAGUAAUAUCUUCGGGAACAAUGCAGCAGUUACGGAAUGCUUUACCGCCUCCUGAUUUGUUGAAGAAACUUCAAGAUGUAGCAAGCAGUAAAUGGAACGAAAUGCCUGAAGGCGAGCAGUUCGCUGCAACAUUAGCUUCCAUAAAGGGACUUCCUGCUCGCUUAGAUUCGAUGAUUUUCAUGUUGGAAUUUGACAAGACAGUCAAUGACUUGAAACCAAAUAUAUCAGCUGUGAUUGAGGCAUGCGAUGAAAUACGAACAUCUAAUGGCUUCAAAAUGUUUUUGGAAAUGGUUCUUUUGGUUGGGAAUUACAUGGGGCAUUCAUCUAAGACGUAUAAGGAUACAUUUGGGUUUGAAAUGAGUGUAUUAACAAAGUUAAGUGAUACAAAAGAUGUUGAAAAUAACGAAUCACUUUUACAUUACCUCGUAAAUUGCAUGAGUACAGAAGCAAAUGGUGUUUAUGCAAACUUUCCGAAAGAUGAAUUCCUUCACAUUGAUAAAGCUUCGCGUGUUAAUGCGGACGAGGUGGCCAGAGGCGUUACGGCUCUUAAAAAUAGCAUUACUAAGAUGGAAAAUCAACUCAAAACUUUUGUUAAACAGGAAAGCAAUGAUUUGUUUGGGGAAAAAAUGAAUCCAUUUUUACUGAAAGCAAAGACGGAAUGUGAAAUCAUUGAAAAGAUGUAUAAUACGAUGAACAGAAAAUGGAAUUCACUCAGUAAAUAUUAUUCCUUCGAUCGUAAAAAAUAUAGCAUGGAAUCAUUUUUUGGAGAUUUGAAAUUGUUUAAAGAGAGCUAUGAGAAAGUUAUUUAUGAAAUGGAGAGAAAGGAUGAAUUGAAAAAGCGUGAAGAACAGCGAAAAAAACGAGCACCUCUGAAACCUUUGCAGCCAAGAGUUUCAGCAUCGCCGUUAAACCGUACAGUAGCUAUCGAUGGCAUUUUAAAAACAGGAAAGCAAGAUUCGGGUGUUGUGGAUGAGAUUGAGAAAAUAUUAGAAGCAGGAUAUUUAGAGGGGGUGGAACGAAGAACACCCAAAAGAACACCGCGUACUCGUGUUGGUCGUGCAGCGAUGGAAAGACAACGUUCGCGUGCAUCUGAAGAGCAGGAUUUAUCGAUGUCUAUUUCAACAGCAUCACAAUUACCUUCACAGUAUAGAGUACGCAGGAAAGGGCAGCCUACAAUACUAGUACAGGUUUCUUACAAACAUUCUAUAAAAUCUUGA